UGUUUUGUUGUUUACACUGAAUAAUUAAAUAAUUUCCGGUCCCUUCGCAGUGGGAGUAAAAGUCAGGGCAUCGAUUAUCAAUUAACCUUCAAGAUGGACCUGCCUAUUAAGACGCGUAGAAAGUGAUACCAAAAUUCAAGAAGCAGUUCUUUGCAAGACAUCAACGCAAACGGAAUAAGACAGCAGUGUGUUCGCUGGGCCGGAAUUGCAAAAAAAAACGCUCUUCGUCCACUAUGAGUCUCUUCUUCAACUCGGAAACGAUGCGCUUCGAGGGUACGAUGCACGAACCGAAACGAAAUCGUAACGUGUUUCUCGAUGUGAAACCAAUCCCGGACGACAACGGCACGAUCGUUAGCCCCGGUGGACAGAUCAGACGCAAUGCAACCGUGUUUAAUAAUCGGGUUGGGUUUCCACCGGUUACACCAAAGGAAGCGUUCGUGAAUACGACGGCCACUACCAGUCAAACGAAUAUGGUGUACGAGAGCUCGAAACCGAUCUACCUGGUGCUGCGUGCCAUCGGAGUGUUUCCUUACACGCGGCUUGCAUCGGGCGAGACCGCUUUCAUCCUGGCCUCACCCUCCAUGGUGUACUGUGUGAUGUUUUUCCUGCUGCUCACCGUGUACAUCGCCUUCAUUCUGCUGAAUCGCAUUGAAAUCGUGCGCACGCUUGAGGGACGCUUCGAGGAGUCCGUUAUUGCGUAUCUGUUCAUCGUGAACAUCCUACCGAUCCUGAUCAUACCGCUGAUGUGGUACGAAACGCGCAAGGUCGUUUCGGUGGUAAAAGGGUGGGUCGAUUUCGAAACCGUCUACCGAAAAACGUCCGGUCGUGCGUUGGAGCUGAAGCUUCGUACCAAGGCACAGGUGGUUGCCAUCUUGCUACCGAUCCUUUGCUCACUCUCGGUCGCCAUAACGCAUGCGACGAUGGUGGACUUUAAGUUGCUACAGGUCAUUCCGUACUGUGUGCUCGAUACGAUCACCUACAUGAUGGGAGGCUACUGGUAUUUGGCGUGCGAAACGCUUAGCAUUACGGCGAAGAUCCUGGCGGAAGAUUUUCAGCGCGCGCUUCGUCAUGUGGGACCGGCGGCUAAGGUGUCCGAGUAUCGAUCGCUCUGGUUGCGCCUCAGUAAGCUGGCCCGUGAUACCGGGUUCUCCACGUGUUACACCUUUACCUUCAUCUGUCUGUACUUGUUCUUCAUCAUAACGCUCUCGAUCUAUGGGCUGAUGUCGCAAAUCUCGGACGGAUUCGGGGUGAAGGAUAUUGGGCUCGCUGUGACCGCAUUCUGUAGCGUUGGGUUGCUGUUCUACAUCUGCGACGAGGCCCAUUAUGCAUCGUUCAACGUGCGUACCAACUUCCAGAAGAAGCUGCUAAUGGUGGAGCUGAGCUGGAUGAACACGGACGCACAGACCGAGAUCAACAUGUUUCUGCGUGCGACCGAGAUGAACCCGUCCAGCAUUAAUUUGGGUGGGUUCUUUGACGUUAACCGUACACUCUUCAAAUCGCUGCUUGCAACGAUGGUUACGUACUUGGUGGUGUUGCUUCAGUUCCAAAUCAGCAUUCCGGAUGAACCGAGUGCAAUGCUGAUGCAUAGUAACUCGUCACACUCUUAGGAUGGUAACGGUGGUUUCUUAGGGGAAAUGUCCCUUUUCGAAUAAAGGGCGGGUUGGCGGUAACAUUUUUUUUGGCAGGACGAAUUAACCUAACGCUGAAUAAAAUUAUGCUCUUAACGUUGAUUGUAGUUAGAACGCAUGAAAAGAUUUGAUCUUGUGUCGAUCACUGGCUUACGCAUCAAUGGACGAGUAUACGUCCAUUACGCAUGCAAUGCAUCUGAUUUACAAUACUCUCACCCUUCCCUAUAUCGGCCACUGUCCCCCAUUAUUGCAACUCGCAUAAGAUACCAUCCAUAAUACUUCUGGUACCGUCUGACCGCGUCACUACAUGCUUAGCAAUUGUCGCGUUUGCGAACGCGAACUUU